AUGUCCUCCGCAGUGACGCUGCGCGAGUUGGAUACCCUUGAGAGGGCAGACCAGCCGCUGCUGGAGCGAUUUGAGCGGUGCCGCCACGACGUGGUUCGUGUUUCUGCCAGUUCCAUUUUACAAGAUUGCAUCGCCGUGACGACAAAAGGCGGCUUCGUGGAGCUUAUCAACAUUGACACCGGCGCCUUUCGUCUGUUUCUCAGCCAUUUGGGCGAUACACCGCUGGAGUCACUUCUGCGGUGUUUUUCCCUUGUGCCAUCCCUCUAUGCCGCACGAGGCAGACAUCACCUGCUUUACUCGCUUGCAUACUCAAAUGAAUUGCUUCUGGCUGACAUGGAACAGGGUACGGUGGAGGUCCUUGCGAGAUUUCACAGUCGCCCCAGUGUGGUUUUUUGCGAUGGGGAUUAUAUGGUGUGCGGUGAGGGAUGUGGGCAGGUGACACUUUGGCGGGCUCCAUGUGAAGCGGCGGGGGCAAAACUUUUCUGGCGCCGACCGGUAUUCAGUGACACAGUCCUCUGCAUUUCCGUGCAGCGCGAUUAUAUAUUUUGCUCAUCAGCAGACUACCACUUUUAUGUUCUGACAAUUGAGUCAGGAGAAGUUGUUGCCGCACUUCCACACGAGCCAUCACCAGCAGUCGCCAUUCAGUCUGCUGCCAACUCGCAGGUGAGUCACACCCUUACUGUGUUGUGUUUACCAGGUGUUCUCUCCGUAUAUUCCCCACCGCCAGCUCAGGAGGAUGUUUCGGCGGCUACAACAAUUGCUAAUUCUACAUGGAUCUGUACUGCUUUGCUACGUCUUGACGUGCAAAUCAGCUGUGCAAGUUGCUGUGCAGGGCUCAUGGCAUUGGGUACGGCCUCUGGUGUAGUCCUUCUUGCGAGUAUGAUAACAACAAACGGCGAGGCUGUGGAACGUGUGCGAUUUGAUGUUGGUUUCUCCGUCAUUGGUAUUCAGAUAUUUAAAAACGGAGAACUGGUGGUGGUAACGUCCGCCGGAGAUGUGUGGAAGUGGACCAUAGAGGAUCUACUUCCACGGGAAGCGGAUAUGAUGGAGGGACAAGAGGAGGAAGAAGAAGAGGAGGUAGAAAACUUGUUUGUACCGCAGCCACACAUGCGGCCUCCAGACACCAGAUGGGUGAAGACGACAACGACAGCAGAAGCAGAAGCAGGAGCAGCGGGGACGGCGACGUCUGGCGACCGAGUGGGGAUGGGUGAUGAGGAGGAGAUUGUGGUUGAGGUGGGAGACGAGGCCUCUUCAAAUUCCUCUGCGUUGUGGUCUGAAUCGUGUCACCCGGUGCAGCUAGAGAAAAGCACGGCUGGUUUAGGCAACCCGACUGGCGAUGGAAUAACAGAGGGGAAUGCCGUCCCGUUACUGCGGUCUAUUUCUCACAGUGAGAGGACGAUUCAUGUAAACCCUAUUCAUAUUAGUAGUAGUACGAAGAGUACGGAUACCGCCACCGCCGCUGCUGUGGUUGCCCAUGGCGAUACGGCAACGGAGGAUCAUGUUAUAGCCGUGCGUGGCGUUGAUAAAUCCGCAUCGGUGGCCGUUAUUUCUGUCAAUACGGAUGAAGAGAAGGACGAGGUGAAUCAUAGCGUUGAUGAUGAUCAUGAUGACGAGUAUUCUGAGCAUUCGUUUCAACCCAGCAGCAUCAGCAUUGUGGCCGGUACAAUUGGUGCGGCGGAUGCUGCGCGGAGUGUUAUUCUUGCGCCGCUGCAAAUUGAACCCAAUAUGAACUCUCGCUCCGUGCCUCAUGUCGCAGCCGCCACCCCCACCACCAUUACUCCUACUACUACUAAUACUACUCCUUUCAAUGCGGAUCCUUCUGCACACCGGGAUGGAACGCAACUGCAUCAGGAAGACGGGGUGGUUGUGACUGCACAAAAGGCGAAGGACGCUCCUUUUCCACCCGUUUCCACAUCUUCUGCGUGUUCUCGUGCUCUGAAGUGUUUGCUACGCGGGACCGAAUUGGGCCCGCCUGCAGUCAUUAGCGGGCUACGAGCCGGCAAGCGCAUGGAUCCAAGGAAGGCACGUCAUAUUGUUGAGAACAGCUGUACAGAUGCCGCGGCACUGCCAGAGCCGGAGAGCCAGAGCUCAAGGAUUUUGGUUGACCAUCGCCAGGCCUUGGAAGAGGCAAAGUUUGACUACGCAGAGUACACCAAGACACAUUUGUUAAAGGCAGAAUCAUUAAAGUACCGUUACCCGGUAAAACUCCCUGUGCACGGGCUACAUACACAUUUGUUUGCCGCAGCGGUACCUCGCCUGCAGGACCGCCCUAAUGGGAAUAUGGAGAGUGCAGAGGAUGGUGAUAAACGCAAGAAACGACGAAAGCAACAACUACAACAAAAGCAACAACAGCCCAUUAUAGAUGAUUUAAUGAACGCGACCUUUCAGAAUUUUACAAGGCGGAAAGAUGCGGCACUUGAGGAGGAGCGUCUUCGCAGUGGCCCUGACAUUCAGCAACACUUCUGUGACAGUUUGCUUUUUGGCCCAAUGGAUCCCAGUGGCACUGUGUUAUUUGAGGAGACUCGCCUGCAGCUGGCCGUACCUAAAAUGCUCUUUCUUCCUAUGCCGCUGCCUCCCACACCGUCGGUAUUCUGA